AAUUCUGCGCUCUGCUCGCCUCCCCUUUCUCAAGCCGCCGCGAUCGGUGACUCUGCUCUCGUUUGCCGGCUCUCACACCUACGCCGCCGCCGCUUUCUCGCGCAUGUGCACUAAGAUGGCGGCCGCUGCUGGAGGGCUGCAGGAGGCGGCUCUGAGGCGGAAGGAGCGACUCAAGGCUCUGCGGGAGCGCACCGGGGCGGCGGCCAGGCAGAAUAAAGAUGAUGGUGCACCAGAGAUCAAGCAGUUGCGAAGCGACAGCGAAGAGGGAGAGACACCAAAGCACACGGAGCUCAAGUUGCGGAAUUAUACUCCAGAAGAUGACGAGCUCAAGGGGCGGGUGGUGCCACAAGCCAAGCCUGCCUCCGUGGAAGAAAAGGUGAAAGACCAGCUGGAGGCUGCCAAACCUGAGCCCAUCAUUGAAGAAGUGGGACUUGAAACGGGACGUAGCCAGGAGGCUGGAGAAGCUGGAGAAGCGGACGCAAAGGGCCAUUGCGGAGCUGAUACGAGAGAGGCUGAGAGGCCAGGAGGAGGACUUGGCGUCGGCGGUUGGCUCUGCAAAGCAGGAAGGAAGCGAUUCGGACUGAAGUGGCCUGUCAAGCAGACUUGGGAAACGGAUCCUCUUGGUGCAGCCCUGCAAGGCAGGCCUUGCCCCAGGUGGGCUCUGUCUGGGAUGCUGGGCCAUAGAACGAGGGGCCCAAACAUAUUUGACACAAAUCCACAAACCGUUUGGUAUUUAUGCCUUUUCCAGGCAGGCUUUUGAUUGGGGAUAUUGCUAGCAGCCGGCAAGCUAAUGGAUGGGGGAGAGCCAAACCUCAGGGAGCUGUUCUCAGGAAGGAAAGAACCAGGAGGGUGGAAAAGGAAUGAGCCUGCAGAAAGGAGCUGCGAUCGCUUGCAGAACUGUGUCCUGGCAGAUGCCUGUUGUACAGCAAAGCACAGGGAAAAGGGAUCAAAAACAGUAUCAGAAGAAUACCCAAGGAAUCUCUGCAAAACGAUAUCUUAAUGUGAAGCAUUGCAAUACAGUUGAGGCAACAGCCCCUGAAACUACUCCAUGUGCAUUUUAUAAUCAAAAAGCAAUCCACAUAUCCAGGAUGAUUCUCAGGUGCAGAGCCCUGGAUUCUGCCAGCAUUCUCAUCUGUAGCCAAAUCUAGUCCAGCUUUUUCCUUGUGAACCUGUGCUGAAAGGAUGCGUUAAAAUCCCCAGUCCAGCAACAAUCAAGUGCGGUGUUUCAGGAGACACUUGGGAAUGUAAGAUAGGGCUCUCCUGAGUUUGGAUGCUCAGCAUCUGGUAAAAACUGUCAAAUAACGUUGACUUCUCCUGAAUGCACUUCCCUACCAAUAACGCCACGCCUCGAGUGGAGGAGGGAAGGAUGGGGCCCUUGGGCUCUUGGCUGACCUUGAACCAGCCCCCCCCCCCCAGCAACACUUGUUUGUGCCACAGCCUCAGCAAAGACACUUGCCGAUUGUGGCACAAGAUUUCAUGUAGGGAACUCAAGGCAAGAUUGCUUUGGAAAUCCAGUCUUAGAAUUCAGGCCCUUCCCUGGAGUCCACUGUUGCUGGCUGUGAUCGGGGAGCUGUUUUUUGUUAACUUCUAGGUGGACCAGGCUUCAAGGUGCUGAAACAGCCUGCCAUGUCCAAGAGCCACAGCUCUUUGAGUGGUCAUGUGGGGCUGGAAAGACUUUGUUCUUUAACACCAGAGAUAUCUGUUCCCGUUACGACCAACUUGCAAAAGAACUCGUUGCUUGAGGGGCAGUUCCAUUUUAUAUUAAAGUCUGAGGACUCACCAACCUGUUCUGAGCAGGUGAGGCACAGGGAAAGUCAGCCGAUGUCUCCUGGAAUAGUUGAACAGCCGGGAAGUUCUUUAGGGGUUGCUUAAAAACAACCUUUUUUACAUUGUAGCCUGAGAUGCUGAAAGUUUGGUUUCUUCUGUGUGUUUUCAGUUCUGUCCACUUGCUCCCAACCUUGCAAAAAUGUAUGCCACCCCCUCAUGACCACCACCUUGUUCUUGAAUCAAAUUGUGUUCAGUUGUACAGUGGGGUUUUUAAAUAAUCAAUGCUGUGAAGAUGAUCCGCAGUGCCAUGUACUUCCUUUCUGUUUCUUGGUUGAAUAAAGGCCAGCUGGGGAAUG